UUUGGAAGGCUGGACAUUGUGGUUAACAACGCUGGAGUGAACAAUGAGAAGGACUGGGAAAGCACUAUCCAAAUUAACUUGACGUCUGUGAUCAGAGGAACCUACCUCGGCCUAGAAUACAUGAGAAAAGGAAACGGAGGCGAUGGAGGAGUGAUCAUUAACAUCUCAUCUUUGGCAGGCCUCAUGCCGGCUGCGUUCCAGCCCGUGUACUGUGCUACAAAGCACGGUGUCAUCGGAUUCACACGCUCCAUAGCAUUAGCAGCAAGUAUGGAAAACUACGGCGUGAGGCUCAACACAAUUUGCCCAGGAUUCGUCAACACGCCCAUUCUGCAGUCGAUAGACAAGGAGGAGAACAUGGGACAAUAUUUUUCGUAUAAGGACGAGAUCAAAAAUAUGAUGCAGUUCUACGGCGUGAUGGACCCAUCCAGAAUUGCUGAGGGACUGAUAACAAUCAUUGAAGACGACACUCUAAACGGAGAAGUGAUGAAGAUUACAGCAUCCCAAGGGAUUCAUUUUCAAGAAUACAGCCAAACACCUUUUACAUCAUCAAAGAGAUAAAAAAUUGUUUUACACUAAUUAUUUUUGGCUUUUUUUAAAUAUAAAAAAUUUUUUUAAAUUGCAAAUUUUUGGAAAAAAAAAGGUUAGUGUUGUGUCUGGAGCAGUGUUCAAACAUUUGCACCGUAAUAACAAAGAGAUGGAGAAGAAAAUCUGGUGUGGGAAAACGUUACCAUCCUAUUUUGAUUCUAUAAGUGCCAAUAAUAGAAUUUAUUCUGUAGAAUAAACACACUGCUCUGAAGAUUUUUGAUUCUGCAGCAGCUGGGGCCAGUUUUUUCCUUCUGGUAGUUCUGAUCUACCUACUCCAGGCGUAUUUUGGUGGACCUGACUUACUUUUUAUCAUUCUUUUCACUGUUGUAACCGUCUGAGUAUUUAAAUCUCGAAUUCCUCAGGCCGGGAAUUUGGGUCAGGAAUCCAGAAGACAAAUAUACCUAUAAGGAGUUAGGAAAUUAUAUUUUCUUAAGAAAUGUAAAAUAGAGCCAAAAGAAAAAUUCUCUCUCCUUGCUUAUAUGUGCAACUAAAUACGUUGCAUAUCACACAAGGAAGUACAGAUUUUUAUCUUCUUGGAUUUUAGCUAUUUAUAAAAUAGUUCUGAAAUAUUUUUGUUUUCUUUUAUAGAUUUAUAUAUUUGAAUUUUCUCUCUCUGUACAUACAAGGAUAAAUACUUGGCAUUGAUUGAAAUGUCUAUUACUCAUUAAAUCUCAUUUUCUAAACCUUUCAAUCUAAUUUCUUGCCUUGAUUGAUUAAAACCUCAGUUAAAUCCUGAA